AGGUGCAGCGCCCCCGGCGCCUGCGCACCCGCUGCGGGUCGCGGUGGCGCGGCACGGGCCUGGCCGGUUCGGGCGCCGCGUGGGGCACGCCCGGCGCGGCGCCCAGCCGUUCUUCGCUGCUGCCCGGGCUGUCCGGCGAGGAGGGGGGCGUCCUCUUGGCCAGUCCGCUCCUCCCUGGCCUGGUGCGCGCGGACACGGAGGCGCACUCGGCCCCGUGGCACGAAGGGGCGGCGUGGGCGGAGCCGUGGGAGCCCGGGCCGCUGAGCGGGCGCUCCGCCACCACCGCGGCGUCGCCGCGCAAGAAGUCCGCCUGGGCGGACAUCCAGGACGACUUCGACGACGAGGCCAGCGAGUGCUCCACGCACUCGCCGGACUGCUCCAGCGGCUCCCUCUCGUCGGACGGGUCCUGCGAGGCCUCCGACGGCCAGGCGGCCCGCCGGCGCGGCCCCAGCAGUCUGGUCCAGCCACGGUCGGGCUCGGUGCUCGCACAGGGGCUGAUGCCAAUAUUGCCGGAGGAGACGUGUGCGCGACCUCCCGUCUGUUCGCCUGAGCCUGGCUCACUCGUGGAGGUUAUCGGCACGCACCCCUCAGGCGCACACGCCGUCGUCACCACCGUCGACCGGGAGGAGGGCACCUACGAGGUCCAGCUUAUGAGCAAUGGUCGCCGUACCCGUCAUCUGAAGAUAAUCAAGUUCAAGCACGCCCGUCUUCUGCGACACGCAUGAUGGCAUGUCGCAGUAAUUCGUCGGUGUAGCGUCUAGCAGCUGGCUUGCGCACCAGAAAGUGAUUGCGUGCAUAGGCGGCAUGCAUCUUUGCGCUUUGCCUGUGCAAGCCUUCCGUGUCCAACGUGAACGGAAGUAUAAGCGGUGAGGACGAGGGGAGGAACGCGAAUAAUUUCGGCGCUUCGGCCCCACCCUGCAGCGCCCUUGCGGCGUUAUUCGCAGGUCGCAGGUCGCAGUCGCAGUCUAUCAUCGAACUUUCCCUCCAUUGGUCGCAGUUUCUGGUCCAGCUUUCCUCUCUUGCUCCACGCAGGGUCCACAGUCUCGUCUAUUUAUCAGUGGUGGCACCUAACUUCUUCAACAGCUUAUGUGUGCUUCUGGUGAAUAUUCGUGUGUCUGCACUAGGCUGCGGGCAGAUUUUUUAAUUAGCUCAAAAUCCAGACUUUGCCAGAGAGCUGACCGAGCUUUCUCAGGCACAUUUUAUGCUCAGGUCGAGGAAGAGCAGCGGCGUAAACUUUCAGAGCUCGGUGCGGAUUUCUUGGAUCGGCGCUUGCUCUCCUCUGACGGUGCCUCAGGCACCGCCUCUUGCGCGCUCCGCGCGCGAGUGAGGGGUAUCCACGUUCUGCUGUGGUACCAUCUCCCGCCAGACGUUACGGCCUCUAAGCGCCAUGCCCCAAUGGGCACGAUCGGGCCCUCGAUCGAGGUGCCCUCGGCUUUGGCGGUUGUCUUGAUAGCAGCCUAAGCCCUUCCCUCUCUGGUUGAAGCGGGCGCACCCCCUUCGUCUGCACUCGCGUCUGGACUGAGGCUCGCGCCAAUACGCCUUUGCCAGAGAGCUGACCGAGCUUUCUCAGGCACAUUUUAUGCUCAGAUCGAGGAAGAGCAGCGGCGUAAACUUUAAGAGCUCGGUGCGGAUUUCUUGGAUCGGCGCUUGCUCUCCUCUGACGGUGCCUCAGGCACCGCUCCUUGCGCGCUCCGCGCGCGAGUGAGGGGUAUCCACGUUCUGCUGUGGUAUCACCUCCCGCCAGACGUUACGGCCUCUAAGCGCCAGGCCCCAAUGGACACGAUCGGGCCCUCGAUCGAGGCGCCCUCAACUUUGGCGGUCGUCUUGAUAGCAGCCUAAGCCCCUCCCUCUCUGGUUGAAGCGGGCUCACCCCCUUCGUCUGCACUCGCGUCUGGACUGAGGCUCGCGCCAAUACGCUACCAGACGGAGCGCAACAUAUUUUUGACUGGGUGUCCCUUGCGAGUUGCUAGCGCGAGCUUUCAAGGGCUCCUGUCCACAGUCACCCAAUCUUGGUGAGGUGACAAAACACCCAGACACAAUCACUCGUCGACUCCCAGGAAAACACGGG